AUGGACAAUCACAAACAGCAUCUAGAAGAGGUGGUGAAUCACAACCUGAGAAAUGGAUCCGAAAUUUCCAGAGCAACAUCUCCUGGCGGCGCGGCCAGUCUAGAUCAGACACAAAUCAGCGACACGACACAGGAGGUCAAGCGAAAUAGACCACGGACGUUUCCCUAUUUCACAACCCUCCCUUACCCCGUCGAAGAUGACAGCCAGCGUCAGAAGAACCUGGCCGAGAUCCUCAAGCACCUGUACAUCGCCAUCCAGGCUGGUGAUUUCACACCGGGCGCACUGCAUUGGACUAGAGAGCUUCGCAGCUGGCUUGGAUUGAAGUUUGAUCCCACCAAAGAACAGCGAGUCCAACUCGUCCAACUCUACUAUGAGCUUGCUCUGGCUCCAGGCAUCGAUCCCGGUGUGGCCGAACGUUUUGCGAGCAUGUUUAUGCUUCUCACAAAGCGAAAGCAUUACCUGCGCCCACUCAAAGACCUCACUCUCGACUGGCGCCUUCUGUACCGGGAACUGAAGGUUUUUGUUCUACCUAGCGAAUCGGGAUUGAUGCAGACCACAAACCUUAGGAGGAAUAUCAAGACUCUGAUCAAGAUAUGCUCGUUCUCCCAGUUAUACUUCGACCCCGAAGAUACCCCUGCCAUGCUGGAGGAGCUUCUACCUCACUUCACCAUGUCGCAGGCGGAGGGUGCGUUUGUGGUGGUGGGAUUGCUCAAUCUCCUCCUCCCGACCGCUCCUCCUCCACCCAACCGUGCCGAUCUGGCGCCCCAGCAAUUCCUUCCGACGUACUUCCAUUUAUGGUCGUUGGUCAACCGUUCCCGUACGGUCGACGUUGCGAGUCUCGACCUCUUCUCUCGUAUGGCUCGGGACGCCUUACCCAGUAAGCACAUAGAGUUCUCAGAGUUUGGCAUCUUCACACCAGAACAGUCGACCCUCAUUGUGACCGCCAUCUUGAGAUUAUUGGAGAUUCCUGUAGGACAGUCGACCUCCCCCUACAGCGCUCUCGUCGAUUUGACGGCGGGUAUGGGCAUUCUCCUGGAUCGUGACAGUCGCAAGCAUCCGGUGUCCCACCACAUUGCACGAUGGUUCGUCAUGUCUCUGUCACCAGCCUGUCUGGGAAAGAAGGAUUCGGUACUGUCUCUCCUCGAGACGCUGAUCCAGGCCGUCGAAACCUUCUUCCACCCGUCGAAUUCUGGGUCCUGGACCAGAACCCUCGCCCAAUUGGUCUUCUACCUCGCAGACUUCUUCGUCAUGCGUUGGAACCGAGAGCGUAACGGUGAGAUGGAGGUGCCAGAGGAACGAAGACUCAAUGCUCCACUCCGGAAGCGAUUUGUCCUGUGCCUCCGAGAAGUGAUCUUUAUGGGUAUCUAUGCAAAGAGCGGAACCGCAAUGAGCUAUUCGCUGUCGACGCUACAAGCCCUGGCCUUUUUGGAACCAGACCUCAUCCUUCCUGGCGCUUUACAACGCAUUUAUCCGUCCAUGCAAGGCCUGGUCGAGGUCCACAGAACCAUCUCAUCACUAAGAUCCUUGCAGAUACUGGCCAGAACCAUGAUUAGGACCAAGGGGUACCGAUGCCACAUCACGGCGUUACUGGGUCUGGCUCUGCCCGGGAUUGAUGCCAACGAUCUCGAAAAGACUCUCUACACGCUAUCCUUCUUCGCCAAUGUGUGCUAUAAUAUUCCAUUUGAGGACCUUUCCAAGGGCCGAGACGACGUCCAAGGCAAUAUCCUGGCCAUGGAAUGGAUCACGGGGGAAAUGGAACGAAUGGAGCUCGAAGGCGCCACUGUGGAACUCAACUACGCGGAAUUGGACGGAAAACAAGAAGAGAUGAUCCUCGCCUCAUCGACCGCUGGGUUUGGAGAAUUCGUCAGCUCCUUUUUGGGACGGGUAUUUACACUUCUUGAAAAUUUGCCCGACGCCGCGCGAAUCAGAAGCGGGUCUCCCGAAGAAAACAUUGUGAAUACUCUUCCGGCCGCGUUCAUGCCGUUGCUCGCGUCACUGUCUCCCGAGCUUUUCGACAUGGCCCUGAACAAGAUUGUUGAUUUUGUGGCGAAUCACGUAAUCCACCAAUCACGAGACGCCAUGGCCUUCAUCUGCAAUUGUCUGUGCAAGGUCGAUCCGGAGAAGGCUCUGGCCAAGUUUGUGCCGGUCCUGGUGGCCGCCAUUCGAACCGAAAUUGACGAAAAUGGCGCAGGCUCGACGAGAAAUGCGGCCUCCGAUGUCCUGCCGCGUGAUCGAGGAUUGGUCUGGAACAUCAGCAUGCUCAGCAUGUGUGUCGUUCAUGUGGGUUCCGCUGUUCUCAAAUACAAGCAAGAGCUAUUUGAAAUUGCCGUGUAUAUGCAACAGAAGUGCAAAGGAAUGCCGACCGUUCAUGUCUCAAACUAUGUGCACCACCUUCUCCUCAACUUGACCGUCACGUAUACGGCAGAUUACAGUUUGUAUGAGCCCGCAAGAAAAGCCCACGGCGUCACGGCAGACCUGUGGGGCGUGGCAGAGCCUGCCGCGACGGUCAAACCUAAGUGGCACGUCCCCAACAAGGAAGAACUCGAUUUUGCCGUCGAGCUGUUUCAGAACCAAGCCGAAGGCGCCCUGAAGCACCUCAAGAGCCUCAUCGAAGGAACCUCCAGCAUCAAGAGAGAUGGAAGCGGUAAAGAAUGGUCGGAUGAGGUCUCGAGAAAUCUUGUUUUACUGCGACUCCUUUUGGCUGGAGUGUCGGUUCUCUUUGACGCAAAGGGUGUCAAUGAAGGACUCACUACCACCGCGGCCGGCAUCGAUGCCGAUACCGCUAUCUCACAUGCCAAUGGGCAUCUACCAGAGGAGGGUCAAGACGUGGCAGAUUCCGAUGCCGUUUUGGACGGGACCGACGAGACCUCCAUUAAACCUUCUUUCCAGUAUCCGAGCGGCGAGCUGCUCCGACCGGGAGACCAAAACUACGCCCCUCUGCAUCAGUUAAGGCAAGAAAUUGGCCGAGUGCUCCACCAAGUUCACGAAUUCCUGACGAGGGAGGGCGAGGACGAUGUCUCCUCCUUUGCACCGCUCUAUACGGCUUACCGAUCAUGGUUCGUCGAUGUUGGGAUCGAACGCUCUGCGCAUGUGCUGGACCGUGUGACCCGCCUGCUACAUGCUGAUGAACAACCGUACAAAGUCAGUGGCAUCAGAAAAGAUUACCCUCGGUCCAUCCUGGUCCGACGCGCAAACGUCUACCAUACGCAACGUCUGAGGCACAACGCCGCACCGAGACCGCGGUCUGAGUUGGAUGAACAGUUGUUGACGGACUUGGCCGAAUCUGCUGUCUCUUUAUAUACGGAGGUUCGCCGCAAUGCUCAAAGUGCUGGAGAAUCAGCGCUCAAGGUGAUAUUCGGAGCCCGCUUGUUCGUCAUCCCACCACUUUUGGCCGCUUUCCAAAAGGCCGUGGAUCGCAACGACUUUCCACGGAUCAAAGGUGGUCUCUUCGCGCUCCUGUUCGGCAGUCUUGCCAAGACAGUGGGACGACAUUGGAAAUACACCCCGACCGUGAUCAAAACAUUCAUUAACGCGAGCACGGCCGAUAAACCGUCCAUCCAGAAAUUGUGCGGGGGGGGUCUUUUCCAAGUCAUGGAUUACGGCCGCCCUGGUGAUCGUAUGGCAAUCGUCGAUCGCACUGUGGUCGAACCCCUCGCCCCAGAAGAGGAUGUCGAGGAUCAAAUUGCCAAGAAGAAGUCUUUUAUCCUCAGCAAACGUGCGAGCAUUGAGAAGAAAAAGGCCGAGCUUGCAGAAGAGCUGAUUGAGCUCGGCCGCGUAUCGCACUGGAAAAAGGCCACGCGUGUUGCGACACUGGUGAUGUCGUUAGGCAUGCGUUUCGAUCACAUUGCUUCGGACAACAUGAUCGAUCUCAUCACACGUGGUACCAUCGAUCCUCAUCCGGGCUUACGAGGUCUUUAUUCGCAAGGCCUGGUGGCAUUGUUCACCAUGACCGAUGUCCGAGCCGUGUGCAGUCACGACUACGCGAACUACAUUCAAGCCUUGCAAGAAUUCCCAGCUAAAGUUAAGGUGACGACACAUCCGGAGAAAGAGUCAUGGACGGAUGAAUACUUGCAAGCUUUCUCGAAACCGGAAGCUGAUGUAUACAUCGAUCACGAUUACCCCGGUUGGCUGGUCUGGUCCAAAUCGAUGCCGGGAUACAAGGCUAAUGUCAAGAAUGACAUUGAGUACGAUGAAUUGGAAUGGAAAAAGCGCACUGUCAUCGGCAAGUUGCUCGACCGGAAUUGGUUCUCCACAUUCUUCAAAUACCUCAAGCAGGAACCUCGAGAUCAGUCAGCGGAUAAGUUCCGGAUGGCUAGCGCAGCAAUGCUGACCUAUGCGUUCGAGCUCAUUAUCCGGGAUGGCCUCGCGGUGGCAACAUUUGACGAGAUCAAAGAGGAAACCCUUGCCGUGUUCGAGGACGGGAGCGACAAACAUCAACAUCGAGCCACGGCCGAAAUUCUAGCGGGCUUGGUGACGUCCGUGAUGGACAAUUCGAUCGAGCGUCGCACCAUGGUCUGGGAGUUUGCGUUUCCCAUCAUUCGCAAAGUCUUCUCCGACGGCUUGACACCGGAAAAUUCGGGAUACUGGACGACCUUCCUUCACAUGAUUCUUCAAGCCCGUGAUCCACGUCGAGCAUGGCCCCUCGUAGAAUGGUUGACUAAUUUCCGACUGGACAUGGGAUCGAAUGCGGCUUUCAAGGAAAGCUCUAAAAUCCACCUGUUGCAUCAAGUGAUCAUGGACGCCGGGUGGCACUUCCAACUGGAGGCCCCGAUCACCGAAGACUUCUUGAGCCACAUCGACCAUCCAUACAAGGGGGUCCGAGAGGCCAUGGCACAUACACUCGCGACCAUCUCGCGUACACGAUAUCACGAAUCAUACAAGGAUGUCAAGCAACUCAUCGAAGCACAGAAGUCAGCCGGGUCGAUCGGUAAACAGCCGUACAUCCCCACUCAGCAAUUUGACAACACAAUCACCGAAGUCUUCUUGCGCAUCGAACAGUGGCGACAGGAGCGUACACCAGGACAACAGACUCCAUCUUCGUACACAUCGGGCAGCAAGACCAUCCUUCUCUGGCUGGAUUCGAUGCUCUCUUCGUACGAGUGUACUCAGCUCUUGAAAUACUUCCCGAACUUGUUUACUGAACAGUUCUUGCACAUGAUGGAUGUCAAAGAGGAUCCCGAAUUGCAAUCGUUGGCUUAUCACGUUUUCCGACAUCUACCAAAUAUUCCCCAUCGCAUAGGAGAAGACCAGAAGCUCAUUGACUCAUUGAUCAGAAUCGGAAGAACCUCUCCUUCAUGGCACCAACGUUUGCGAGUCAUGAUCAACAUGCAAAUUAUCUUCUUCCGACGAUUGUUCUUGUUGUCGGAGGAGAGCAAACAGAUUCUGUUCAAGUGUGUUGCGGACAUGUUAGAAGACACGCAACACGAAGUGCGCGCCGGCGCCGCGACUACAUUGUCGGGCAUGAUCCGUUGUUCACCUCUUGAACUCCGAGAGAAGAUGAUUGUCCAGCUCCGCGACCGGUUCACUCAGACGUUGAUUGAAAAUCCGCUACCCAAAAAGCCCAAAGGUCAACUGGCCGGAAUUGCGGCCGGGUUAUCAUCAGCUCGUACAUCCGGGACGAAUACUCCAACUCCAGAGGCACAACGGUUGGUCAUUGUCAGGCAUGCGGCCGUUUUAGGUCUCGGGGCGUUGAUUCAAGCCUUUCCCUAUUCAAGUCCGCCACCACCAUGGAUGCCUGAUGUUCUUGUGACAUUGAGCAGCAAGGCGGCCAACGACCCCGCAACGGUAGGAAAUAGCGUGAAGAGCAUCAUCAGCGAUUUCAAGAAGACCCGACAGGAUACUUGGCAUAUUGACGUCAAGGUGAGUCGUUGA